CUUUCAGGUAACGAUGCCAAGGUCAUCCAAGAUUUGAUCUUAAGCUCCUUCCGACCCCGCAUCUCUUCUGACCUCUCAUCCUCUCCAAGACGUCGGCCUUCGACACCAAAGACCAAACCUCGACCGCUGUCUUUGGCUGGGGGAGAGCCUUUAGAUGAAUUGGACGUGGAUGCUAAUAGCUCCAAUAAUAGCAAUAAUAACAACCACAACGUUGUAAGACUUCACAUCCAGGAGGAGCGUGUCAAUCACUCUCCUAAUGAAGAGCACGAGCCAUUCUCAUUAACAUCUGACGGAUCAAGGCCAUCAAACUUCUCAAGCGGUGGAUCCAAGACCAAACUUAUCGCUGCGUAUCGAGAGGCGUUGAGGAAAAAGACAAGUUUCCUCACCUUUCGCAAACAAACCCACAAUCAAUGCACUCCAAUACGUGAAGGUCAACUUUCUAAACCCAGUCCCACCGGCCCAUCCCAAAACAAAGCUCAUGAUUACGACGAUCCUUUGAAAUCAAAUUCAUCUCCACGCCACGUUGUGAAACCAGUGGGUCAAAGUCAGAUACAGACUUCUAACUUCCCCGAGGCUGGCCGCGGGAAUUUUGCGGCGGCCGCCAAAACUUUAUCUCAACGUCCUGAUUUGCUCCAAAUUGAAAGUCGAAACAGUUUCCUCUCCCUAGGAGACUCGGGAGUGCCAUCUCUUCGUGGUGCUAGUGCAGAGGUUCAGGACACAAAGUUGGUCUGUAAUUGGCAUUCUGGGACGAAAAAGCAUCCGCCAAGUUAUCGUCAGUCCACGGCUAAAUUGGACCAAACCAAACAAAAGGGAUUUCAUCAACGCUUAAAAGUCCCGGAAGAACCGAACAGAAACCUGGAGAAGAAGGUGGUGGUUUCAGUUUCAGCUAAAUUCAAAACUAACCAUUUGCCAACAGACAACAACAAAGAAGAAGAAAAAGAAAAAGUACCCGGGAAUCCAGCUAGAGAGGGUCGUUCCAACAAAUUCCAAGAAAGUGAGGGCUCAUUAGACAAAACGGAUCCAGGAGGACCUUCCAACGGGGAGUGUCGCACUGUCUCACAGUCUAUAUCCUCAUAUUGCCAAGCAGAUAACAAAACUCCGAAGGCUAAGGGGAAAUCCUCAUGGGACAAACAGGAGGGGACUUUAGAUGAGCCGAGAGAACUCAUUUCGAAUUCUUGGAACACGCAGGGAGCUUCACCUCAAGGAACAACACACAGAGGGCGUCCAAGUCGGUCUCUUUUCAUCGAAGAAAGCCCACGGCUAAAACGUCGCUCCACCUACCGGAUUCAUCCCAAAAUGUCUAUGUGGGACGCCAAGAUUGAACCGAUUCCACAGAAGCCUCCACGGGCCUUUUCUGCCCCAAACAACGCGAAUAGCGUUAAUAACAAUAGAAUACCUUCCACUGUUAGCAACCCCAUUCCUCCCACCAUAUCAAACAUGUCUUCUACCACGCAACUGAGCCCGCACUCUAGCUGUUCCAUGACAUCCUCUGGGGCUUCCUCUGGCACUCUCUCAUCUCUAACGUCACCUCAGCAAGGUGCUGGAGUCUCGAGUCCUUCAGCGUCAUCCACGAUUUCCUCCUCUUCCGGAGCAGGGACGUCCUCAAGUGGGACCUCAAGGUCCUCUCGGCUCAGCUCAACCUCGUCAUCAAUGGUGUCUUCCAUUGCAUCAGCCAUUGAGAAUCAAUUUCAUACGUUGACAAAUCGAAACAACGGCAACUUCAGAUAUUCCUACGAAUCGCCGUCGCACAAGCGUUACAAUACGAACCAUUUACAGCACUUCUUCCAGACUCAACGUCCCUCCUCACAUCAUGGAACACCUGUCAAGCAAUCUAGACAAACCAGCAGCCUUCUGGCUAGUCUAGACAAGUCUAUUUUGCAAAUUCGGGACUGGCUCACUUUAUUACAAGACAUGCUCCAAAAAGAGCGCGUGGACUUGGCUGACCUCUCCAGCAUUUGUCGGAUGUUGGACCGACAAAGGAAUGUUCUCCGAGAAUUGGAACAGAAAAAGCCUCAACUCGAUGAAUUGGUUAAAACUGCCGAGAAUCUCCGCGAGUCCCCCAUCAAGCAACAAAUUCCAGCUAAAGACGCAUUAAUGGAUUGGAAGCAGAAUCUACCCGAGCCUCAACUUCUUCAUAUUCGGGCCAUCUUGAAAGUUACGCAACUCCGAGAACAUUGGGAAGAUACCAGUGGUAAGGUCAUGGCUCGAAAGGUUCAGUUGGAGGAUCUCCUGGAGGACAACCAACAAUUCGAGUCCAAACGCCGUGAAGUGGAAGCAUGGUUGUGCCGCAUGGAGAAUUGGCAAGCCCGAAUGCGACCCGUUGGACAUACCCCCGAUGUCAUGGAGGCCCAAGUCCGAGAACAAAAGUCUUUCCAUGCCGAAGUUCAUCAGUAUAAGGCGCAUAUUGAGGAAUUCAAUCAUCUGACUCAAGACUUGAUCUCCAAUUACCAGAAUGACGAUGCUGCCAAGAUCAAGAAGUUGACCGAGCACGUGAAUCAAAGAUAUAACCAAUUGAAUACCUCCAUUGCCACAAGAGGCAAGUUACUCCACUCGGGAAUGACCUCGUUCCAGACCUUGAACCCUUCGUUUGAUGUCUUCACCAGUUGGGUUCGAGAAAUGGAAACCAAAUUGGAUCAAACCGGGCGAGAUGUUCAGCGGAACAAGAACAAAGGGGAUCGACCGGAUGCCUUGGUCAUGAAACACUUUCAGGACCUGCAAGGAGAAAUUGACACCGAGCGGGAAAACUUCAUGUCCUUGACAACAACGGGCAGGAAGCUGUUGUCCACUUUGGAGGGAUCCGAGGAUGCCCCCGUUCUUCAUAAGCGUCUCGAAGAAAUGAACCAACGCUGGAACCAUCUCAAAGCCAAAAGUAUUGCCAUCAGAAACCGACUCGAAAACAAUUCCGAACAUUGGAACACUCUGUAUUUGUCCCUCCACGAAUUGGCCGAAUGGGCCAAGAAAAAAGAAGACGAUCUCGAGGCCAUUGGACCCAUCGGAGGUGACGAGGCCAGCAUUAAACGACAACAGGAUGAGAUUCGAGCCCUUCGUCAAGAUUUGGAGGAAAAACGCGCUGUGGUUGAGAACAACCUUCUCACCGGUCGUCAGCAUCUUGGAACCUUUGUGGACAGCUAUUCAGACUCAACCCCGUCAGAAAGCAGUAGCGAAGUUGGUGGAGGCGGAUCGGGCAGCGCUGGCGGAGGCACCCAAAAUGGCGGUGGUGAGCUGGAUGCCCAUCAGAAGGAAUUGAACCGAGGGAUCCGGACGGAAGUGGGCAAACUUUCCGAGCGAUGGAACUCCUUAUUGCAUCAGUCUGAACAAUGGCAACGACAAUUGGACGAUACCUUACCGAAGGUGCAUAUGUUCCAAAAGAGUGUGGAAGCCGUUAUGCUCAAAUUAACGGAGGUGGAACGCAGUCAAGUCACUUUGAACAACAUUGGAGCCAAUGCUAAUACCGAGUCAGAUAUCCAAGUAUUCAGGAACCAACUCAAGAUAUACAGUGGUCAUUUGGCGCCUCUUCAGCGACAGGUGGAGGAUAUUAACGACCAAGCAUCGGAUUUCACCACGAAUAACGUUGCGCUCUCCCACCAAGUUCUCUCCAGACUCGAGGACAUCAACACCAGGUGGAAGUUGGUCCAAUUAAGCCUCGACGAUCAGUACAAAAAACUUAACGAAGUGAAGCGCACUACCAACCGAGACACGUCCAACGGAGGAUCAACCGCACAGGAUUUUUUGUCAGUGGCUGUUCAUUACCCUUGGGCUCGAGCCAUCUCACAGAACAAAGUGCCUUACUAUAUCAAUCAUCAAACCGAGACCACACAUUGGGAUCAUCCCGAUAUGGUCCAGCUGUUCAAAUCCCUAACUGAGUUCAACUCCAUUCGAUUCUCCGCCUACCGAACUGCCAUGAAGCUGAGACAAGUGCAGAAGAAGCUCGCUUUACAUUAUCUACACCUGAACGUGGCCAUUGAAGCCUUCGACGCUCACGGUCUUCGAGGUCAAAACGACAAACUCUUGGAUGUGUCAGAUAUGGUGACCGUGCUCUCUUCCCUGUACGAAACCAUCGCUGCGGCCAAUCCUGCCGCCAUCAAUAUUCCACUUUGCCUCGAUCUAACGUUGAACUGGUUAUUGAAUGUCUAUGAUUGUCAAAGAACGGGUCACAUCCGAGUGUUGUCAUUUAAGGUGGCCAUUGCAGUUUUGUGUCAAGGGCCUUUGGAGGAGAAAUACCGAUAUAUGUUCCGAUUGAUAGCCGAUCAACAGCGAAGAGCCACGGAGAGGAAGCUCGGCUUACUUCUUCACGAUUGCGUGCAAAUUCCUCGGGUUUUGGGAGAAGUUACCGCUUUUGGAGGGGCCAAUGUCGAACCAUCCGUGAAGAGCUGUUUCGAGAAGGCUGGGAAGAAUAAAGAUAUGAUUGAGGCUCUUCACUUCUUGAAUUGGAUGAAACAGGAGCCCCAAAGUAUGGUCUGGCUACCCGUACUUCAUCGGUUUGUGGCUGCCGAGUCGGCUCGACAUCAGGCCAAAUGUAACAUUUGUAAGCAGGCUCCCAUCCAAGGAUUCCGAUACCGAUGCCUCAAAUGUUUCAACUUUGACAUGUGUCAGACCUGUUUCUUCGCGGGCAAAGGUGGCAAAUACAAGAACCACAAAAUGGCUCACCCCAUGCAAGAGUAUUGCACCACUACCACUUCUGGCGAGGACAUGAGGGACUUCACGAAGCUCCUGAAGAACAAAUUCAAAUCGAAAAAGUACUUCAAGAAACAUCCCCGCCUGGGCUACUUACCUGUCCAGGAAGCUGGUGGCGAAGCCAGUCCCUACAGCCAAUACGACACCCUUCCUAAUAGUUCGUCGGGAGCGAGUCCAAGUCUUUCACCCCAACGGAGCUCCUCCAAGACCGACAUGAGUGAGAGAUUGGCGGAUCGUUUGGCCGAGAUUGAUACUCGAUCGGUAUCCGACGACAGCAGUUCUACUCGCAUCACUCCCCAACAACACACGGAACCUCGAAAAAAUACGGGGGAAACGUUUGCGGAUGAACACUCACUGAUCGUCCAAUAUUGUCGAAAACUGAAGGAUGGGGAUUUCACGUCGAUUGUCCCUGAUUCUCCAAUGCAAAUUAUGGAGGAGUUAAGUCGGGACCAAACCCGAGAGCUGGAACUUAUGAUAAGGGAAUUGGAAUCGGAGAAUGCCAACCUUCAAGAAGAAUAUCAACAUCUCAAGGCUAGCUCUUCGAGUUCCACUAGUGGAACUAGUGGACUAAGCACCGGAUCUGCUUCGACCUUAGGUAUGGGACAAGGAAAUGUUCCUCCCAUGUCGUCGGAUGCAGAUAUUCUGAAUGAAGCCAAGAUGCUACGAGAACACAAGGACCGCUUAGAAUCUCGGAUGAAGAUCCUUGAGGAACAUAACAACCAACUUUGCAACCAACUAGGAAAACUCAAAUAUUAUCUUCAAGAGAGCGAUGUUCCAAGUGGGGGAUCCGCGAGUGCGAUGAUCACAACCAAUAAGACGGGCACUCUUAACACAAAAUCCGUGACGGCCUCCCAAUUGGCUACCAACUCGCCCAUUUUACCUCACAAGAUGAAUGGUCAGUUCAUAAACCAACAAGGGAGCGACCCGCCUCCCCCUGCUCUGCCUCCUCGGGGUGUGCCCAGACCCAAUCCUCCACAACGUGAGGGAAGUCUGGUCAAGAACGGAACUAAGCCUCAGCCUCCAGCUGUCCCACCUAAACGAAGUACCUUAACCAAGAGUGAAUUGGCCCUGUAUCCGGAUACCAAUCGAACCAACUCGUUAUCUCGAAGAGACUUUGGUUUAAUGCAGAACCCUCGUGCCCGUGAUUUCUCUCUCAAUCGAAUGACCGCAUCCCAAGGGCCGCAAAGUGGGACGGGCAUGCCUCCUCAUUGGACCGAUUCCUUACCACGUAGAGACUUCUACAAUAUGGGUCCCAAUUCCACGGGAUCGCUGCCCCGUAGGGAUAAAGCGGGCCUGGGUCGUCCCGAACCGCAAAAUGCGGUGCCAAGCGGAUACGGUACCCUUGUGAAUGGAAAUCGUGGCAAAAUCCGAGAGUCCUCGCUCACCCGAGACAACAACAGUAGUGCUCGAGACCCUCACGGUGUUAAAGAGAAACGAAAUUCCACUGGCAACCUUUACUUUACCGACACUCUAAGCAACUCGAAUUCAAGUUUGCCUCAAGGCGAUUAUCCUAGCUUUGGUGGGAACUUGAAAACCAAUGGUCGGAUCGCUUCACAGCCUUCCAUUGGGAGGCAAAUGAGGGAUGACGACGAGCUCAACGAUCACAUGAAUGUCUCCACGGAACUGAAAACUGCUGCAGGCGACUUGGGCAAAGAGCUCAAGAAUCUGAUCACGCUUAUGGACCAAGAAGAGGCCGAGGAAAACGCGCUUAAAAGCAGUCCCAAGAUUUUGAACUCGAGGCGAUCCCCUCACUUGAAUAUCAAGACUAACUCAGAAAAAGAAUCCCCCGUUUAAGCGUGUUUCCGAGCACGCUUGUACAAAUUGCCAUUUGUACCAAAAGUCAGACUUCUUGCAGAGUAUUACCAAUGAAAUGGUGACGUGAACAAACAAACACACACACAUACAACACUUAUAUAUAGUAGGAUGAAUCAAAGUCAUAUCAAGUCAUAACUCAUCUGUAGUUCCAAUUGUCAACAAUUAAAUUACAAAUUCCCUCAAAUCGGUCACGUACCUACGUUAUUGUAAACCGGUUUUUGAGCCUCUUUUAGAGCAUAUGAAUACUCAAUCAAUAACAACGGCUAACCCGCACCCUCAAGGUUGGCUAAUAAUACGAUCUAAAACCAAAGACCCCCCCCAUUUGUUAGUCAGAAUUUUGAUGUUGAAAACAAGUUAUUCCCAUGAAUUCAAUUGAUUUGUUUGUCAGAAAAUUUGUUUUCCAAAUGUAGAAUUGAGAAUAAUCGGAUGAAGAUGAUCCCCCGAUCCAGCAAUGUAUUUCCAGCCAAUUGUUGCGUUUGACUCCCAUGAAAUAGAGAUCAAAUUGUUCACUCAGA